AUGUUCAAGUUGGUGGUGUUGUCUGCUCUCCUCGCCGUAGCUGCUGCUGCUCCAGGCUUCAUUGCUUCGCAUCCAGUUGUGUACUCCGCACCCGUCGCUACAGUUGCCGUGCACGAGCCCGUUCUGACCAAAGUGGGCGCCGUGGUUCAGAGUGUGCCCACAUCAGUCUCCCACCAAAGCCAAUCGGUUGUGCACAGCUCCGCUCAUCUUGUUGAGGACAUUGUUGCACCGGUUGUUAAGACCAGCUAUGUAGCCUCUGCUCCUGUUGUGCAUACCUACGCUGCUCCCAUUGUGAAGACAAUCGCUUCUCCAGUGGUUUUGAAAUCGUGGUAA